CUGGCGAGUGCAGUGCUCGGCUCGCUGGAAUGCUCGUCACUGGGCCCACCUCCGCAUAUACCGCGCGGCCCUGGUUCGCGGGCUCCCCGCGCGGGUUUGCUGCGGCUACGCUCCUCGCCUCCGUUGGCUGGGCGCUAUCGCAUCCCCAACACUUUUUGUCCAUCUAGGACCAAAACUCACUUAAGUACGCCGUAUUUAGCAGGGUUUGUCCUAAAACCAGCAAAAAGGACCAAAAGUGACUUGGGGGUUGUAUGUAAGGAAAUAAGAUCCAGGUAA